CAAGUACAUGAGCCAUGCAACACAAGAACAAAUUAAACAUAAACAUUUCAACCAUGGAUCAGGAGGACUCUAGAGGAAAGCCUAAUGAGGGAAGCGGGGAGGUGAAAUACAGAGGCGUUAGACGGAGGCCAUGGGGGAAGUUUGCGGCGGAGAUACGAGACUCCAACCGCCACGGCCAACGCAUGUGGCUUGGAACUUUUAACACUGCUGAGGAGGCGGCGCGAGCAUAUGAUAGAGCUGCUUAUGCUAUGAGGGGUCACUUAGCCAUUCUUAAUUUUCCUCAUGAGUACCCUAUGUCAAGUGGUUCUUCUAGUUCUACUCAAUCUUCAUCAUCAUCAUCAUCUUCGUCUUCAACUGGGCAUGGAAAGCAGGUCUUCGAGUUUGAGUACCUUGAUGAUAAGUUGCUGGAAGAACUUCUCGAGCAAGGAGAGAAAAAUAACAAGAAAUGAUGACCAUUUCUGGACCAUAGAGAGCUCAGAUUUUUGUUAUAAAAACACAAUAAGGUCAUUUUUCUAAUUUUGAUUGUGUAUGCAAAGGGUCAGUAAACUGGGCUGCAUUAUCUCAUAAUACAUAUUUUUUUAACUGCUGUUUAGCUCUCACCAUAGCUACAGAUCGAGCUUAAAUAAAGUGUUUUAAGAUCCUAAUAUAUAUAAAGUAUUCAAGAGACAGGGGAGGGCUAACCCCCAGUUGUGUAGCCCACAAAAAUAACCAGACACUCACAGAUAAUAUAACCAUGUUUGGAAAUUUUAAUGUA